GCGCGGCUGUCCCGGAUCAGGGCCGGAGCUCAGAGACUGGAGACCGAGGCCAGAACGGGGCGGGUCGCUCGGGAUCCCCCGUCGCAGAGGCGCUCUCCAGGCUGGGCCCCGACCCUGUCCUCUAGCGGUGGACAUAUAGGUGGUCCCUGCUAACUCGUCAUGCCCAGCUACAGACAUUGGUCCAGCUGGGUAGAGACGAGUAUAUGCGUCCACCUCGUCGUCCUGCCUGCUAGGAAAAGGAGGACCCACGAGAUCCGAACGCUGGGGUACUGCUUCCAACUGGUUGGCGGGGUCCUGGUGGAACGAAGUCCAGCCAGCUCAGAAGUGGGGACGUGCCUGCUGACCCUGUCCUCCCAACUCAGCCAUUGUAGGACCAUCCUGCGACUCUUUGACGAUGUGGCCAUGUUUGUCUACACGAAGCAGUAUGGCCUGGGGGCAGAGGAGGAGGACAUCUUUGUCCGCUGCGUGUCGGUCCUGGGCAACCUGGCCGACCAGCUCUACUAUCCCUGUGAGCACAUCGCCUGGGCUGCCGAUGCCAGGAUCCUCCGUGUGGACUCUGCCCGGUGGUGGACACUGAGCACAGCCUUCUGGGGCCUCUCCCUGCUCCUGGGCAUUGCCAGGUCCUUGAGGAUGAUCCUGAUGCUGAGACGGAGGCUGAGGGGCCCCGCGGUGGCCUUCACCAGGUAUGACCCUGGGUUUUGCCCGGAGAAAGGCCGACAUCUUCCCCCAAGCUGGGGACCCUGCCGGCUGCCCCGGACCAAGAGGAGGGCCAUGGAGGCCCAGGUCCAGUCAGAGGUGCUGACCCUUCUGAGCAACGUGGCCGAUCUGGCCAACGCCGUGCACUGGCUGCCUCCGGGCGUCCUGUGGGCCGGCCGCUUCCCCCCGUGGCUCGUGGGCCUCCUCGGUACCGUCUCCUCCCUCCUCAGUGUGUACCAGGCUGUCCGGGCCGGCGGCCACGCUGAGGCCCCCACCCCCUGAUGUGGCCUGGGAGGUGUGGAUGUGGCCGGAACCCCACUGGAGGGUCCCUUCCCACAAAGCAGUAAUCACUCGGGUAGGGGCUGGGUCUGUAACUGAGCGAAUCAAUGCCAGGUGUAGGGAGGUGUAAUUCAGAGAACGCACGGGGCCGCCUCGGACACAGGCCCAUGGUGGGGCAGGAUGUCGGUGGGGCUGAGGUCCCCCAGGGGCUGAGGCCAGGGCCUUUCCAUCUAGGCCGGGGCUCUGUGGCCGAGGCUUCUCUCAGGGCCAGAGGAGGGGUCCCCAGGCCUCACAUGCGGAGAAGGCUGCUGCGGGCCUCACAGCACCUCGCCUGGCCCGUGUCCUGCAUUCAGAUACAGGCGAGCCGGGAGCCAGGACGGCGUGCGCCAUGCGGGCCUUAGGAAAGUCGAAAUGGUGAUCGAUUAAAUGGCGUGUUGGUGCCAGGCCCAGGUGCAAGAGUCUGUUUCUCAGUCACUGGCCCCCUGCCCCUCCCACCUGCAGGCCCCCUGGCUCACCCACCUGGUUUCCACAGCGGCAGCAGCAGCCCUGUGCAUUUUCGGAGGGGGUGCAGGUGCCACCUGGAAACCACACCUCCCCAGCCUGCCUUCUGGAACGUGCUUGGCCCAGUAGGUCCUCUCCAACUUUGCGAGCACAGCCUGUUGGCCUUGAGCGGCCUUCAGCCAAGGGGAGCCGCUCUCCCAUGCCUCGUCUCGGGCACAGGGGCCACGGAUGCCGCCUCCCACCAGGCCACGCCUGUGUCUUGUCCCUCUGGGCAGCUCCAGGGUGCUUGCUGUGGCUGAAGCAUUUCACACUCUGCCACGGCUUGGGCCCAGGGCCGGUCUGAGUGUUCUAUGGGUUCCGAGCCAGGGCCAGGCCACGCAGGCUCCUGUCUCCCACCUCAUGGGGAUCAUGGAUGUGUCUGUUUUCCAGGCUGACACGUGAGAGGCCCUGUGUGUGUGUGGCCUCAGGCAGGCACCUGCAGAUGGUGGCCAGCCCACGCCUGCCCCUCUUGACGUGUCCUCGGACCCUCCACUUCUGAGUCCUAGCCGGAAAGCAGAGGGGAUCAGGUUUCAUGUGACACCCCCCCCGUCUUGUCCUACAAGGAGGCUAUGGGGUGGGAAGAGCUGGGGUGGAGGCCCCUCUGGGUUAACACGGGGUACAGAAGACCCUCCACCCGGCCCUGGCUGGAGCGCCCUGCCCUACCCAUCCAUCUGGAUGAGAGGAGGGGGCCAGGCUGGGUUAGUGUCCCCCUCACCUCUUGCAGAGGGGGACGUGCUCACCUUGGCCCUUAGCAGAGGCCCCCUUCCUGGCACUCAGAGCAGUAUGAUUGUGGGGGAGCCAUGAACACCCACACAUGUAACCUGUCCGCUCACAGGUCCUCCAGCAGGCUGGUGUCCCCAUGGGCCUAGGCAGAGCCAGAUGCCAGGGCUGAGGCUGUGCUGGGACACAACGCUGGGCUAUCGAGAAGCCCCACCUGUAGUGUGGCCGCACCCCCUGCCCCGUGCCCUUCCCCGGGGCUGGCAACUUCGGCCUCUUAGGUGGGGGCAAAGCCAGUCAGUUCCCGGGAGCGGGGCCUGAAAGGGUUUUCUCAGGACGCAAACUCAGCUCCUUCAGGGAGCAGGGAGGCAGAUGGGCCUUGCGGAUGGCCCAGGAGCCAGCAGGCCCUACUUUGGGCAAUGGCUCCUUGUCCAGGAGGCUGACCUCCCAAGAGCACGGGAACAGGCCUAAAUGGAAGGGGGCCGUGCCAGAGCAGGGAGGCCUUGGCCGCAUCCCCACACUGCAGCCUCGUCUGGAGGGCUGCUUCUCCUGGGGGUCCCCGGCACCCCGCUGCCUCUGACUCCAACGUCUGGUUGCAGUCAUUGUCUGGAGCUUCCUAAGGGGAGCGUGUGAGGGGAGCCCCGCUCGGUGAGGUGAGCACCCUUACGGCACUGACGUUUGGGACGAUGAUGCUACAAGAAACCCCGAACCCCCAAAUGAACACUCCCGUCGGCUCAUCUUCGACACUUUUAUUGCUGGAAUCAGGUCUUAAGUUCUAAGGCGGGUCUGAAGAGCCCGCGGUGAGGAAAUGCUGCAAUCAUCAUAAAAGUAAUUGUCGGGUGGACUAAGAUCAUGGUCACAAAGAACAAAGACGUGCACGGGUUCCACAGAAAUAAGAGGGUCUGCUCAACCACCAACCGUACAAGGAAAAUCGGGCUCUCCCCAGGAGUGGCCUCGCCCGAACGAGACACGGACCGCCGCCAACACUGCCUCGAGGCGGGACGCCCCAGUUCCCGCCACACGGCCGCGCAGAGAGUCCCUGGACUUGUCAUCGGCUGAGGAACUGUGGCGCCUCGGAGGGUCAGAGCAGAGCAGGCAGACAGGGGCGUGUGGCGGUGAAAUCACCCAGCACGAGGGCCCCGGAAUGCUCUCCUCACAAUAGGACAGGAACUUAAGUCAACUUUGCUAAAGUGCUGAGACGUCUCGGUACGAAAACACAAACACUGAUCACAGACAUGGCACGGAGGAGCUCAGACGCGUCACAGGACCGAGGGAGGCGGGAGCAGGCAGAGCUUCUCCGAGGAGCGGGCUUGGAACACCAUUCACUGUGCCCGGAGAGGUUCAGAACUGGUCAGCUGGGAGGGACCGGGCUCUGGGCUCAGUGGGGGAGCCUGGGGAGCAAAGGCUGGAGUGUCCCCACC